AACAGCAGACUGAGCUCGACAUUAGUUCGACGUUUCUGAAACGUCAUACCGCAGCUCCACUGAUCGCAAAUAGCCGUGUCGCGAUAAACUUGUUGGUGACUCUUGCCGCGAUCGUUUGUGUCAACACCUUUGCCCGCAAGCGUCGGUUGUUGUCGCAGUCGAUAUCCGGUGCAUGCCCGACGUCUGAUCAUGAUGCAAUGCGCCAAAAGGUUCGCCGUCGCGUUUGUGCACCGGAAUCGUUGGGAAAACAUAUGUGCCGAGUCCGCGAAAACCUGUCGGUGGUCGGCCGCCAGGGUGAUACAUACGUCGAGUGCUACCCUCGAGUUCCACGAGUACGACAAACGAAGUGGCUACGACACGGGACUCGAUUACGCCGAAACUCGGACCGAGAGAAUUCGUUUGGCGCUCAAACAGCUCAAAAAAGAAAUCGUACUUUGGAAAAACGAGAUGAAGGAAAUGCUGGAAGCCGAUCCCAUUCUUGAUUACCGAGCAGGUGAAGUUGAUAUUUUUUGGAGAUUUCACGACCACUCUUCAUUAGACAAAUGGAUCGUGAAUUGUGAUAGCGAUCAUGCUUUGGGUUUUAGUAAAUGUGAUUUAAAAAUCAGUUCCCAGGGUUAUGGUCUUUUUUCUGGAAACCUGUGUUCUCAAGUGCCUAAAGAUGGAAAGAUUCAAAAUUCUGGUUACUGCAAUAUACUAACUAAACGUGUCGCUAAAUCAUUUAUGCGAGAUAGUUAUUUGGAUUGGACUGCUUAUACUCAUCUCAAUUUACGAGUAAGAGGUGAUGGAAGAAGUUAUUUAUUAAAUAUUCAUGUUUCGGGACAGUUUGAUAUCACGUGGAAUGAUGUAUUCACGUUUAUACUAUAUACUAGAGGUGGACCAUAUUGGCAAUCAGUUAGAAUACCAUUUUCAAAGUUCUUUUUUGCUAGUAAAGGACGAAUACAAGAUAGACAAUCACCUUUGCCAUUACACAAAAUUAGCCAUUUUGGAAUUACUGUAUCUGACAAAGCUGAUGGUCCUUUUCAAUUAGAAAUUGAUUAUAUUGGAGCGGAUUUUGAUCCUAACCACCAUGAAGAAACGGCCUACGAAAUGUAUGAAGUUAAACAAAAUUAUAUUAUUGGAACAUAAACCAAAAUUUGUUUUAGUAU